AUGCUCGCAUCAGUCCUCCCUGGUCUUGCCUGCCUUGCCCUCGCGGCGGGUGCCACCGCUACGCAACCGCAGGCGCGCGAUGUCUCUAGCAUUUCUGUUGGCCCGUACUGGGUUGAUGUGCCUGUUGACCACUUUGGUGGCUACAAUGCUACGUACAAGAACCGCUACUGGGUCAAUGCGACCUACUACAAGCCGGGUGGUCCUGUUGUCUUGUUCGACUCUGGGGAGCAAGAUGCCGAGCCCUUGCUUGAAUACUACCUCCAAGACUACCACGGCAUAUCUGCGGCCAUGGAGACUGCGAAACAGUUCGGCGGUGUCGCGAUCCUCUGGGAGCACCGCUACUACGGGAAGAGUCUGCCGUUCCCCGUCAACGCGAACACGGCCGGUGCUCAGUAUCAGUAUCUUACGACAGAGCAGGCCCUCGAGGACGUCGUCUUCUUUGCGAAGCAGUUCUCAGUCGAUGGGAUUAGUGACAGCCUGAAGCCGGGUGACACGCCGUGGAUCUGGGUUGGAGGGAGUUAUCCUGGUGCUAGAGGUGCUCUUAUUCGAGUUCGCAAUCCCGAAAUUUUCUACGCUGUUUGGGCCUCCAGUGCUGUUGUCCAGGCUCAGGUCGACUUCUGGCAAUACUACGCCCAAGCAGAACGUUCCAUGACUCGCAACUGCUCAGCCGACUGGGUUGCUGUCAACAAGUACACCGACACCGUUCUGGCACAGAACACGACCGAUGCUACGUAUCUAAAGUAUCGCAUCUUGCGCGCGACUGCCGGGAAGCCGGGAGGAAAUUCCACUCUCGCGGAUAAGGUAACAUGGGCGCAGGCUGAAGCCCUGUCCUGGAGCUCUGCCGCAUCCCAGCUACGUGUUGCGCUUGGCUCCUACCAGUACUUUGGAUUCCAGGCUAGCAUUCUCCCCUUCUGCGAUCUGGUGGAGACCAUGAACGAUACGGCCGCCCUUACGUGGGACAACAGCGAUAUGAGCAUCCAGGCACCACUCUCGUCGGAGGCCGGAAUUGCUGCAACAUACGGGAUUGAUCGCGCCGUGGAUGCAUGGCUUACAGCAAUCUGGGAGCUCGAUCGUGAUUCCCUCCCUCCCUCUCCUUUGCCUAGUGAUCCUACCGGCCAAAGCUGGACAUGGCAGUACUGCACCGAGUGGGGCUACUACCAGCGCGCGAACCCCGACAACCCGCACAACAUUAUCUCGGUCACAAGGACAUACGACAGCUUCCAGUCUGGUUGUAUGACACACUUCCCUAACUCGACCGGGUUCAUGCCGUCGACGCCCAACAUCGAUGCGAUCAACAAAUACGGUGGCUGGAACAUGACGCCGUCGAAUAUCCUUUUCACCAAUGGCCAAUUCGACCCCUGGCGCAGCGUCACAAUGGAUUCCCCUGAGCCCGCUGCACCUCACAGGAAUGUGACGACCGUCAUUCCAAAGUGCAACACCCCACCAGCGAACAACGAUGUCUUCGGCAUCACUCACGCCAACAUGGUGCACGUCUCGGACCUGCGCGUCCUACUGACGCCCGACGCUAACCAUACAAACUUGCACACCGUCGGGUUCUAUUCGCCCAUUGCCACCGAACCGUUCUAUUCCGGUAUGGGUCUUUUCAGCAUGGCGCUGCGCGAAUGGUUGCCUUGCUUCGAGAAGCAUUGCGUGUAG